AUGAAGAAUCAAAUCACCGACCUUACCACCACUAUUGCUUCGAUAGCUCAACAAUUGGAGCGGAUUGAAGCCAAAAUCACUUACACCCCCCACCUUGACAUUCUUGAGAAAUCCCAUAACACACCACACGAUGGCCCUCCAAACACCAAAACACUCACACCAAAGAACCAAACCAUAGACACCAAUAAGACUCGCUCCGAUUCUCGACCUUUUGACCGAGAGAAGUUUCCUUGGAAGCUUGAGUUACCGGUGUUUAAUGGAGAGGACCCUAGUGCUCGGAUUUUUCGCACGGAGUGCUAUUUUUCCAUUAACGAGCUCUUGGAGGAGGAGAAGUUGGAAGCCUGCAGUGUCCGUUUUGAAGGAGAGGCGCGAGGCUUGGUUGAGCGGAGAGGGACCGUGGCCGAGUACGGGGCUCGGCUCGAAUUCCUAGCAACGAACAUUGGGAAAGUUAGAGGAAGGAACAUUAGUUGCGGUGUUUGUGAAUGGACCGAGGGAAAAUAUCAAGGCCGAAUCGAUGGUGUUGAGCCCGGUAGGCCUCAAGGAAACCAUUGA